AACCAGCCGGGGUUCUACUCGGCCUCGCUUUACGCGAGCGACUCCUCGGGGACGCCGGGCGGGGCGAGCCACGAGGCGAGUUUUAUCCACGAGAACGCCCCGAUCGAGCGCUCGUUCAUCGACGGCAGCACGCACGACAGCAGCCUCGACCUGUCGGAUGGCGGUAAUGGGGUUUGUGGCGGUGGAACGACGCCGAACAACAGCUCGUUUCUGUCCUCCUCCUCCCGGGGAACGAAAAACUUCGUGCCGGCGCACAAGAAAAAGCUCGCCCAACUCGACCACCCGUCGUCAACGACCACCACCCCCAAGAGCGGUUGGGGGCAGCCGGGUGGAGCUAGCUUUGGCCACCAGCCAGGGCAGCAGCCGUUCACUUCGAAGAACUUGGCAAGUGUCAGCGGUGGCGUCGUGGCGGGUAGUUCUGGGAGUCGGUCUUCCAGCGGGCCGGCGAGAAAGCACCCAAUGGGGACAACGUCUGCGGUUUCGCGCGGUGCUACCGCAGCAGGUGGAGUGCAGACCUCGAACCCCUGGCACCACCAGCCGCCUGCGACAGUUGUACAACCUCCAUCAGACCGAGAAGGAGGAGCAUUGCAAGACCUGCAGCAGCCGGUACUGUCUGGGAACAGCGCUGCAUCGUCUUCCUCUUCCUCGUCACUUGCAGCGAUGGCGACUAUCCAUAAGGACGAAGACUACGGCGAUCUAGACAUGAAAGCCCCUCCGUCACACAAUUCUUCCACCAACUCGCCCGUAAAGUCGAUCUCUCCGGUCACUGUGGGCCUGUCCGCCACAAACGGUCCGAAUCCAGGUGCAGGGACGAGCGGUGGAGGAAACAAUGCAGGCCAAGGUGCAUCAAAAAUGAGUCCGCACAAACGGCGGAACUCGAAUGUGACGUUGGAAGCCCUACCGCAGUCGUCUAUGCGGUACAGCUUCAAUGUACCGCCGAACGCUGCCACCAUAUCGUCAAUGAGUGCAAUCGGAAUGAGUGGUGCGAGCAGCGAUGCUGUUGCCCCUCCUGCAGCGACGACCACAUCGAAUGCUGGUGUGCUUCGGACGACCGGGAUGCCGAUGCUGUAUGCGCAAUCUAGUCCGACGUUCGGAAGUAGUGGCGUAACAGAUCAACAGGUUGGCGCUGCAACAAAUGUUCCUCCAUUUUCCUCCUCAUUAACUGCGUCUCGUGACAGUUUCGCUGACGAAGUGCCGAGCCACCAGGACAAGACAAGCAAAGAAUCCCUCGCACCGAUCCUCGCGCCAGUGCUAGAGGAUGAGGACCACCAGCCGGAGCAGAUGACUACUCAAUCGUCACACCGGGGGGCAACGGACCCAUCUCCCGACCUCAAUCGCGAAGUCUUGGUAUCAUCUGCAGCGACCUCUGUCUCUGCGCCGCAAAAAGCAACUGUGCAUGACGGUUUUGACGAGCUCAUGAUAGAACCAAUUGUGGAAAAACUUGCGCCCUCUCCGGCAACAGUACAGACGGCAACGGCUGCAGCUGCUACUGGGCAACGACGCACUGGGAAUCCGACCACUACAGGCAACAAGACCACCUCGAGUGCAGUAGCUUCGCAGCAGGGGGCUCGAACGACUACAGUGCUGACACAGCGGCGACACGCUUCCGGCGUUUCGCCGACACGCCGGCCGCGCGGCCAUAUCUCGACGAGCAUGACGGAAAUUGUUUCGUCAACGGAUCCGCAUCCCGGCGCGGACAUGCGAUACUCGUACAUGGGCCCAAGCACGAGCACUACGACAGCAACGAGCUUGCACAAUCCGCAUCGGUCUACCGAGCACGUCGCGCCCGCGCCUUCCUCUACUUCUACCCGGCCCGUGGUGGAUCUGAAGGGGUCUAAUCAUGUGCCAUCCGCCUCAGCUUCCUCGGGUUUCAUCUCGCCGCUGAAAAAGACCGCUUCCCCGAUAAAGAGCGCAUCGCCCAUGAAAUCGUCUGUCGAUCGCAUGCGAUUUUCUUAUGCGCCGAACGCGGAAGUGGGUGGUAGCGUCAGCUCGUCGUCCAUGCUCUCUUCGAUAAAGCACUCGACGAAUUUCUACGCGAAGCGAGCAGAGAUGCAAGCGCGCAAACAGGCUGCCGCGCAGGGGAAUUUGCAAGGUCGAAAGUCGUACGAAGAUGGUGCUGUAGCUGCAGUAGCUCGAAAAGAGGAACAGACCACACUUCGGCAAAGCAAUAGAGCUUCCGCCCCACCUAGCAAAGAAAUGCAGCAACAGCAGGGUCAGAAUAAGCAGGGAGAGCGUGUCGGGCGGGGAAUUGGCAGUCAUACACAACUAAACCACCAACUACCUCCGGACAGGCACGUGCAAGAAUACGGCAACCCGUUGCAAGCAGCGGAGCGGAACGAGUUUGAAGCGACGAGUUUUUUGCAACAGCGAGAGUCAUCGUCAAAGGUUGCCGACACAGCAAACCACGCAAACAAGAUAUCACUAUCAGGACACGAUAUUACCAGCAGUACAAAUCCAGCAGCAACGACAACGAGCAUGGCAACGAAUUCGCCAGAGCGGCGAAAACGAGGUCAACAAGCGGUGCAACGGUCGCCGUCUGCGUCUGCGCCCUCGAAUGAGCUAUCUCCGGAGGACGAGGGGUUUCGUUUGUAUCGCAACACGAAGCUGGUGCCCACGGCAACCAACACCCGGUACUCGCAAGAGGGCGGGUUCUUACCCAGCACCCCGAACGAGCUUCUUCCCGAUACACCCAAUGUUUUGUGCGGGACUACGGGAGAGGACGACUUUGUGCUUGGGCCCAGCGAGGAGGUGUUUCGCUACAGCAUGGAAAAUCUGAAAAAAUCAACGCAGCUGGACCCAAAAGACAAGCGUGACACCGGCAUCAACUGGACACGCUCCUCUCCAACGAAGGGACUUACAACGGAGCAAGAAGCAUCUUCGAUUCAUGCCUCCCGAAAUGCGGCGGACACCUACCUGAGUCCCGGUUUGCCGAAUCACGCAAGCAUCUCAGCCGGCGGACGCGGCAGGUAAGUUACUAGUACGACUGAGCAACUAAAGGAAAAUCGCGAUUCUCUUCAUUAUCAUUUGAUCUUUCAACGUGUUGUGAUGCUGAUGCACGAACUGCUACUGGUACUGAGUUUUGCAUAUGCAUUAGCAUUACUCAGGGUCUGCAUGAGCUUGCAGUUUCAUUCGUUUUUCAGCAAACUCAAUAUGAACAACUACAGGCCGGGAGUAGAUCCACCCGACCCAAGAAUAACCGCGCGUGAAGCGCCAGCCAGCGCUGCUUUUGGUCAACCGCUGGUUCAUCCGCAGCUGCAAAUGAAACGCGACCCACCGUCUAUGCAAGAACCAGAAAGUACCCGCUCCUUCUCGCCCAAACGGGAGUCUGGGCAGGGAACCGAUGGAGUAGCAACUGCUUCUCGCGCUUUCCAACACCAGCAGUCGCGCAGCUCACUUGCUUUUGAACAGCAGCGGAGCCAACCCCGCGCUUCCGCGUCAACGGGUAGUGAACCAUCCUCGUCCUACUCCCACCCGGAUAACAUUCCGUACCAUCAGAUGAAGCGUCCCUUUACGCCGCCUGUAGUGCCGAUAACCUCGCCGGACCGAGCGGUGGAGCAAAAUCCUGGCGCUUACAUCGAGGUAAUGUACGACCCUCUCCUUGGAGUUUACUACGACCCAGCAACCCUGAAGUACUACAAACUGAAAGAUUGAUGUGGUGUUGGCUACGCCGGCCGCUGUUGCCCCGAUGUUUGUCACUUGUGUCGAACCAGCAGACAGCAACAGCUUUUCUUGAGCUGACCGCUCGAAAAGACCAAAAAAAAUCACGAUAUUGUGAUGUCAGUCAAAAG